UCCACCCUUGAUGCUGUAAAGGAGAUGGAAAGUGAAAGGCGGAACUCGAAAAAGUUGAGAAAGGCACUGUCUUAGACUCGCCGCUAACAACUUACGUUGGGCCUCCAAUGAUUAACUCGGGCAAUGGCGGAGAGCAACCGUAUGGCCGUAUGGGCAAGUCAAGCGGUACGACUGGUUUCUGACAGGCCACUAUAUAGUCCGGCGUCUUUGUUUCACUUUUGUCAGCAAGUUCUCAAAAUCAUCUCCAUGUCUGACUGCCGGAAGGAGUGUGCAUCUCGGACGCUCUAACGCCGUCGGCCGCCGCGGCCCGCGGGAUCGAUCAAACGAGCAACGGCAUGAAUCCCAUUUCCCUCCUCCUCAUCCCUGGCGCACGUCCCUCCCUCCCGCUCCCGCUCCCGCUCCGCACCUCCGCCUCGGCGCCCAACAGCGCCAGAGCAGCAGGCGCCGCCCGCCUCGCGCCCGCGCGGAGGCAGCGCGCUCGGCUGUCGUCGCCGGUCUCGGCCGUGGCGGCGGAGACACCGUCCGGCGGUGGGGAGGAUGAGUCGGAGGGGCAGUUCGACUGGCUGGACCAGUGGUACCCGUUCGCCCCAGUGUGCGACCUCGACCCCGGCGCGCCGCACGGCAAGACGGUGCUGGGCCUCCGCGUGGUCGCCUGGUACGACCGCGCCGUCGACGACUGGCGCGUGUUCGACGACGCUUGCCCGCACCGCCUGGCGCCGCUCUCUGAGGGCCGCAUCGACGGCAAGGGCCGCCUCCAGUGCGUGUACCACGGCUGGUGCUUCGACGGCCGCGGCUCCUGCCAGUUCAUCCGGCAGGCCCCCGCCCUCGGCCCACCCGUGCACAAGAACAGUAAGGCGUGCGUGGCGUCGUACCCGAGCGUGGUGCAGAACAGCGUGCUGUGGUUCUACCCGAGAGCCGAAGCCGAGCACCAGGACGUGCUGCGGAGGAAGCGCCCGCCCUUCUUCCCGCAGAUCGACGACCCCUCCUACGACACCCACAUCAGGGACAUACCCUACGGGUACGAUGUGCUGGUGGAGAACCUCCUGGACCCUGCUCACCUCGCCUACGCGCACAAGGGGUUGAUGAGGGAGCCACCUGCCAACGCCCCUGACGUGUUGGUGACGGGCAAGCUUCGCAGCAAGGAAGAUCCAGGAAGAUAUGUGAUAUGUCCCCCUGCGCGCCCUGCCAUGAUCGGACAUGGAGGAUAAGCUUCCACUUCAGUU